ACGGUUCACAGUUAUUAAAUAGAUUGACAUGAACACGAUCCACCAAUACGAAUUACUAGAUAUAAUAGAAGAAUUGCCAGAUAUAAUAGAAGGCUCAAUAUUAGUAGUAAAUUAAUAAUCCAUCUCUUCUUCUUCAAAAAUUUAUGGGUUUGUUUGUAAAGUGAGGAUUUUGAUUUGGAAAAGGAUUGAGGAAGAAAAUGGGUAGCGCACCCGCUCAGAUUCCCACGAGCUUUGGCCACGAGCUUAGGGCUUGCCUUCGUUGCCGCCUUGUCAAGACCUACGAUCAGUUUAGAGAAUCAGGGUGUGAGAACUGUCCCUUCUUCAAGAUGGAUGAAGAUAAUGAGCGUGUUGUUGAUUGCACUACCCCUAAUUUUAAUGGGAUAAUAUCAAUGAUGGAUCCAACUAGAAGUUGGGCUGCUCGUUGGCUCCGAAUUGGUAAGUUUGUCCCUGGUUGCUACACUCUUGCUGUUUCUGAGGCUCUUCCUGAAGAUUUGCAGAAUUUAUGUGAAGAUGUGCGAGUGCAAUAUGUACCACCAAAACGUGGGUAAAUAUCUGGUUGAACUAUUGCAAUAUCUACAGUGCAAGUUGGGUGUCAAGACUCCAAGAUUAAGUUUGAUCUAUAGAUUACCUAAGUGUUAUAUUGCAUUCAUGAUCAGUAAUGUGAUGAUAAUCAGAGCAUGCUCCCAUUUGCCUUUGUUUCUUGAGAUGAAAACCUAGGUUUAUGUGGUUCUGUUUAAAUUAAUAGAGAUGACUAGUAUUUGUAGCUAUAUAUGACAAUGCGUGGAGUAUGGAAUUCAAAGAUUGGCAGGGUUUCGGGAUGCAUGGUAUAGAUUUGCAUUCGAUUA